AUGGAAAAUAAACACGCAAAAUGUUCUGGAAAAGCCACUUGUGAACGUUGUAAACUACGUAAUCUUGAGUGUACUUUUAUUGAUUCUGGUAAAAAACGUGGACCGAAGAUGAAUGAUAAACACCCAGCGCAGGUAUAUUCUCCCAACGGCUCUGAAAAUGACUUUGAUGGAACCUCUACACUAUCAUCCGCAAUCCCUAAUGCCAUGCAGGGUCACGCAUCGACUUUAUCAUCUUCAAUUGGAUAUCCACAACAACAACCAGAUAAUAUUAACGAAAUUACUAUUUACUCUGACCCCUAUGAAGAACGAAAUAUAUCCACUUUUCAAGAACUUUAUCCUUUUUCUUAUCAAGCACACAAAUUUGAUAUAUUACCUCAAUCCUGUGACGCAGAUUCUAGUGAUAUUAAGAAAUAA